UACGCAGAACUAGAAGAUGCAUUUGCUAAGGUUAACCAAUUUGGCAGCUCUCUUUUUUCUUGUUCUUGCCUUGUUCUUGUUCUAUAGAUACCCUUCUUUUUCUUCCCCUCAAACUAUGGCUGAAGGAUCCCCCAAAUCACUUUUUGAUUUCACUGUCAAGGAUAUACUGGGAAAUGAGGUACCUUUGAGCAAUUAUAGGGGAAAGGUUCUUCUUAUUGUCAAUGUUGCAUCAAAAUGUGGUUUAACUGAUUCAAACUACAAGGAGCUAAAUAUUUUGUAUGAGAAGUACAAAGAUCAAGGAUUUGAAAUUUUAGCAUUUCCUUGUAACCAGUUCUUGUGGCAAGAACCUGGAACAAAUGAGGAGAUUCAGGAAACUGUAUGCACCAGGUUCAAAGCUGAAUUCCCUGUAUUUGAAAAGGUUGAUGUGAACGGGGAUAAUGCAGCACCACUUUUCAAGUUCUUAAAAUCAGAAAAAGGCGGUUUCCUUGGAAAUGCUAUUAAGUGGAACUUCACCAAAUUUCUUGUGAACAAAGAAGGAAAGAUUGUGGAACGAUAUGCACCCAGGACACCUCCUCUUCAGUUUGAGAAAGACAUACAAAAUCUGUUGGGUUCUUCUUGAGCAUCCAGGAUUAUUGAAAAGCAUCUGUUAUUCUAUCAGCCAAGUGUGAAACUCCAGCCUUUAAUUGGAAUGUUUAAUUAGUAUAUCUUUUUCAUCUUCCCUGCCUAUGAGCUNCCUUCUUCUGCCUCGUUGAUGUACUUUGGUUGUGUAAGCUUCGUUCUUCACAUUGAAUUUGUGAAAAUAAAAGUUUCAGUAAAUAGGUGCCUAGUUAACCGGAGUAUUAUACGCGGAGGCGGAGCGAACUGUGUUCGAAAUUUUAACCUUUUUAUGUUAGUGAGUUUUAAAGUAAGAAUUUGUAUAUAUUCAAUGAAUUUCUUAAGACAAAUA